CGAAGCAUCGUCUCUAAAUCAGUGAUAACGCGCAGCAUCCCCCGUAUCAACCAAGUGCUCGCAUCUUUGUGUUCAGUGUUCGUGUUCGCUAUGUAAACGCACUGCCUCCUCCAAGGCAAUAGAAACAAUUAACCGCAGAGGACAUAAAUUCAGUCAAGUGACAAGCACAAUCCGUUCCAAAGGGUCCAUCAAUCCCAAGUGACGCAGUAUAUCAUGGCGCCCUUCUACAAGCGCAUCUGUCGCAGCCUUUCCAAGCGCUACAAGGAGCCCUCGUUAAGUCUGGACAACACGGUGGAGACGCUGCUAAUCAAGAACGAGGGCGACUUCAUCAGCGUGGAGCAGGGCAAGGAGCUGGUGGCUCGGAAACGCAACUCCCAGCAGCUGGCCCAUGCACCCACCUCCCACCUGCACCACCAUCCCAGCACCCACAGCCACUCGCAGCACCAUCAUCACCAGCACCAGCAGCAGCAGCAGCAGCAGCAGGCGCAGCACAAGCGCGACGAGAACAUGAGGCAGCUGCUGGAUGUGACCAACACGCUCACCAUCGAGGAGCUGCGCGACUUUGAGAUGCGCUAUGGCUCACCACAUCACAGCCGCUCCCAGUCGGUGAAGAUGCCCGGCAGCAGGGCAUCGGGCAGACCGAAUCAGUUGUGCCUGCCCCAGCAGAGAUCCAGAGUGGCUUCCAUGCCAAACACUGGCGUGGAGGAGGAGUACUACAGGCUGCGCCACUUCUCGAUCACCGGCAAGGGUGUGGUCAAUCGCGGUGACUCCCUCAAGAGCCGACGCAGUCGCUCCAACAACAGCGUGGCCAGCUCCAAUUCCAGCACCGAGCAUCUCACAGCCCAGCAGCAGCUCUCUGCGCCCACCUCAGUCUCGGCGCGAACCUCGCUGGCCUCCAGCAGGGAGAGCAGCACCUCGAAUCCAGGCAAUGGUCCUUAUAGGGUCCUAAUGCUGGGUGGUCCUGCGGUUGGCAAAAGUUCCCUGGUCUCACAGUUCAUGACGUCGGAGUACCUGCACGCCUACGACACGAGCAUCGAUCUAGGCAACUGUGAUAUACGCAUACUAAUUGAAAAAGCCGCCGACGAUGAUGAGUCUGGCGAGAAGGCCGUUUCAGUAUUACUCAGUGGCGAGGAGUCCGAGCUGAUAUUCAUCGACCAUGGAUACACCGAGAUGACGCCGGAUGAGUGCCUGACCAACUACGAUCCGCACGGUUACUGCGUCAUCUAUUCGGCCGCGGACAGGAGCAGCUUCAGCGUGGCGGAGCAGGUGCUGCAGGUGCUCUGGACCAAUCAGAACAUCGCCCAGAAGGCAGUCAUUCUCGUUUCAAACAAGGCAGACCUGGCCAGGAGCCGGCUGGUCACCUCCGAAGAGGGCAAGGCCAUGGCCACCGCCUACGAUUGUAAAUUCAUCGAGACUUCGGUGGGCAUAAAUCACAACGUGGACGAGCUGCUGGUGGGUCUCUUGUCACAGAUACGCCUGAAGCUGGAGAAUCCCGAGAAGUCCAGGGAUCUGUUCCGGAAGCGUUCGAUUAGAAAGUCGAAGAGACGCGCCUGUUCACCCCUGAGUGCCGGCUGCCUCAAUGCCAACACCCCGUUGGGUCCGCUGGGGGAGACGGUGGCCACGCCGCCAGGCAGUGCGCAGAGCAGCCCCCGCAAAUAUCGUGGAUCGCGAACCUCCACCAGUUUGAAGGUCAAGGGUCUGCUGGGACGCGUCUGGACGCGGGACUCCAAGUCCAAGAGCUGCGAGAACCUGCAUGUGCUCUAAGCGAGCAGAGAACCCUCCCCCAAAAAAAUGUUUCCUAAAAACAGUAUGCAGAUCCUAAGCAUAGCAACUAUUGCCUAAGUUACAAAAAAAACUGACUCGACUCUUACCGGGGGUACGGCACUAUUCCCAACUGUACAUAUUGUGUAUAAUUUUAGCCUUAAUUUACGCUAGUCACUCUCGCCCCCCCCAAAUCACUGUAUAUAGUUUGUCUAAAUAUAAAACUAUUAUUUAUAAUUGA